UGCCCUGCCGUGCAGCCACUUCCGGGGACUGCAUUUCCCGGCCUGCCCCGCGGGCUCUAUACGUUGAGUUAAUCGGGGCGGCCGUCUGGUGGCGCUGUACUCGGUGUCCGUCUGCCUGGCUGCUGUUUCCCGGUUGCUUGGUGGUGCCAUGGCCGCCGGGGUUGCGUUUCCCAAGCUGGGGUCCGGUUGCCGCCGGCCGGAGAACAUGGUGACGCGGGUUCGGCGGGGGCAGCUGACGGGGUGCGGCCUCACCCGAGGGUCCCAGAUUGCAGAGGAGUUUCUUUUGGAAAGGGACAAGCAGGCAAAAUGGAAUAGCAUCCCCUUCCUUCUACGCAGACUUUACUGCGAUAGUCACCCCAACAGUGACUUCGCCCACUGUCACAGCAUCUUAAAGGAAAUCUCUCCACUUCUGUCAAUGGAAGCCAUGGCAAUUGUGACUGAUGACAAGAAAACAAGCACAGAGCUGCCAUUUCCCAACACCUACACCUUUGAUUUGUUUGGAGGAGUGGAUCUUCUUGUGGAGAUCCUAAUGAGGCCGAGCCUUUUUCCACAGAAAAAGAAACAAAAAAUUAGUGACGAUUUGAUCAAGGAAUGUCUGAGUAUCCUGUACAAUACAUGCAUAUGUACUGAAGGCGUCACUAAGCGGCUGGCCGAGAGAAAUGACUUUGUGCUUUUCCUGUUUACGUUGAUGACAAACAAAAAGACCUUUCUCCAAACAGCAACUCUCAUUGAGGAUAUCCUAGGCGUCAAAAAGGAAAUGAUCCAGCUGGAGGACAUACCCAACCUUGACAGUUUGGUGUACAGUUUUGAUCAGCAGCAACUGGCAAACUUCUGCAGAAUCCUCUCGGUCACCAUAUCUGAACUAGACACAGGAAAUGAUGACAAGUAUACUCUUCUUGCCAAAGAUGCACAGCAGAGGAAAAUCCCAAACCCCUCCAGAGCAGAAAUAAAUCAAGCUACCCUGUUAAAUAUCCCGGGAUUUAUUGAACGGUUGUGCAAGCUGGCCACAAGAAAAGUUUCAGAAUCCACCGGCACGACUAGCUUCCUGCAAGAGCUUGAAGAGUGGUACACGUGGCUAGACAAUGCUUUGGUUCUAGAUGCUUUGAUGCGCGUGGCUCAUGAAGAAACAGAACAGAGUGGUACAGAAUCUUCAGAUGAAAACAGUCUUGCAAACGCUUCCUCCAGAACCCAGUUGCCUCAAUCCAUGAAAAUUAUGCAUGAGAUCAUGUACAAAGUGGAGGUUCUGUACGUGCUGUGCGUCUUGCUAAUGGGACGGCAGAGAAAUCAGGUACACAAAAUGAUAGCCGAAUUUAAAUUGAUCCCAGGUCUGAAUAACCUCUUUGACAAGCUAAUCUGGAGGAAGCAUUCGCCGUCUAAUCUAGUUCUCCAUGGACACAAUCAGAACUGUGAUUGCAGCCCGGAUAUUUCAUUGAAGAUACAGUUUUUAAGACUACUUCAAAGCUUUAGUGAUCACCAUGAAAACAAAUAUCUCCUUCUUAACAGUCAGGAACUGAAUGAGCUGAGUGUGAUUUCCCUUAAAGCCAAUAUCCCAGAUGUAGAAGCGGUUUUGAACACAGACCGGAGCUUGGUCUGCGAUGGGAAGAAAGGCUUGCUAACAAGGUUACUGCAGGUCAUGAAGAAAGAGCCAGCUGAAUCGUCAUUCAGGUUCUGGCAAGCACGGGCUGUUGAAAGCUUCCUUCGAGGAGUUACAUCCUAUGCUGACCAGAUGUUUCUUCUCAAAAGAGGACUUCUAGAGCACAUCCUAUACUGCAUUGUGGAUAGUGAGUGUAAGUCACGCGACGUCCUUCAAAGUUAUUUUGACCUUCUUGGUGAACUAAUGAAAUUCAACAUUGACGCUUUUAAGAGAUUUAACAAAUACAUCCAUAAUGAUGAAAAGUUUCAGAUUUUUUUGAACCAGAUUAACAGCUCGUUGGUGGACUCGAACAUGCUUGUGAGAUGUAUUGCUCUAUCCUUAGACAAAUUUGAGAAUCAAUCGGAGGAAAUUAAAGUUGCAGAAGUGCUGUCUGAAUGUCGGUUGCUCUCUUAUAUGACUCAGGGGUCUAUCAGAAUGUCCUUCCUUUUCCGGUUAAUUAACAUAAUACACGUGCAGACUUUAACACAGGAGAAUGUGAGCUGUUUGAACACGACCCUGGUAAUUCUGAUGCUGGCAAGGAGGAAAGGCAGAUUGCCAUACUACCUGCAGACCAUUCGGAACAUGGAAUGCGUGGAGAAAUAUCCAGGGUUCAUUUUGAACAACUUUCACAACCUUCUACGUUUCUGGCAGCAGCAUUACCUCAACAAGGACAAAGACAGUACCUGUUUAGAAAAUAGUUCGUGCAUUAAUUUCAGCUACUGGAAAGAGACUGUAUCCAUACUUUUAAAUCCCGACAGGACAUCUCCCUGUGCCAUAGUAAGCUACAUCGAUGAGGCUUAUAUGGAUGUGGACAGAGAUUUUCCGGAAGACUAAUCCCAAGAAGGACAUUUUCUAGCUCUGUAUGGACAAAUCCUUCAAACGGAUAUAGAGCGGAUAUUCAGGAAUUUGGGGAGAGCGUGCGUUCUGCUUGUGCUGGAAUACUGGAUGCACACAGCCAACAAACUAGACUUUCAUCCAGCAUCAGGCGUUGGGCACUACGCACCCCCUUUUUAAACGAAGUCUGUGCAAUACAUUCAGGGACGAAACAGUCAACUGAUUUUAAAAGAGAAAAAAUUCAGAACACAACAAUGAAUUGUUCAUUUUCACCCCUCCUUUUCUUUUGGACAAGCUAGUUAAUUUAACUUUAUUUUUUUAAAAUACAUUUUAUCUGUAGAAAGUCAAAAACUAAAUAUACAGCUGUCCUAACAUAAUGUAUUAUUUACAUGCAACUGUCACAUGCCACCAUUUUUAGAUUUUAAAUAAUUGCAGAUUUGCGUUAUUUAAAGGAACACUCCAAGCACCAUAACAACUGUAGCAUUAGAGUAAGUCCGCCAGGCACUCAUCUGCUGCCAGGAGCUACUUCAAGGUAAUUCACUCUCAGACAAUGCAUGAUGAGUCUUAACUCAGUGACAGAAGCUUCCUGCAACAGGGUAGGGGGCUGCUAUCACUUGAUGGAACCAAGGUAAGUUGUCAUACAAUUCUUAAACGGUUUGACUACUUAAUUUGUGAAGGUGCCAGGCCACCCCUGGCACCAUAGCCACUAUAGCAGGCUGUAGUAGUUAUGGUGCUUGGAGAGUUCCUUUAAAGAAGUUGCUUCAUUGUGUUUUAACACUCUGGUUCUUAGCCUCUUGACUUGGUCAUGUAAACCUAAAACCUGAUACUUUUUACUGUACUUAUAAAAAAAGAAAAUGUGGCCUCUUUUUAUUGAGUUGAUACUGUAAUUAAAUUAAACUAUAUGUUUAUAUUUCUUUUAAAGUA